GGCUGAAGCGACCAAUCGGCGCUCCUUCUGUGGAGUAAGCGGACUCCGGGUGCUUGGCUACCUUGAUGUGUCGAGCUCCUGUUUACUACAACAAAGAAACCGUCGCUUAAUCGCCAAAACAUUAUUAACAGCGCUGGAAUAACGUUGUUGUCGUCAGCGGAGGAGGAGAGGUACUUCGUUUCUUCGUAUCCCGCGGAGAUUUCGCCCGGGAAAACUAUCAUUUGUGGACUGACUGAGGACUGGUCGACCGGGAGGAUUUGACGUCCAGUCUUUUGAGCUCUGUGGUGACGACGGGAGAUCGGGGCUCUUCUCACCGCCACCAUGUGUGAGCUUUCAUCAGGCCACUUCACAGCCCUCUGAGCGGAAACCGGACCACCGCCGGCGCAUACUGUGAAAGCACGCUGCCGCCGCACAGACAGUGACGCACACGCGGGAGUGACAGCAGCUCUGUCUUUCUGAAGAAAUUUGUGGCAUGAAACCAGAUCACACAGGUCUCUCAUACACCUCCUUCAUCUCCCUUUACCACUCUCCAGUUAGAAACACACUCCUCAGCUUCACUGCAUUGAUGAGGUAACGUCAGGCUCCGUGCAAGAACCCACCUGCAGCGACGCCUCCUUCCCCUCUUCCUUCCUCUUCCUUCUGUCAGUCAUUGCACCGCAGCCAUGGGCCAAAAGAUCUCUGGCAGCAUUAAAUCAGUAGAUGGUCGCGGGGAAAGCGGUGGCUCCCCAUCCUACCGACCCCUGACUCAUCGCCGACAGCACCCUGAGCUAAGGGGCCCGGAUUUCUUCAAACCUCCCAGGCUGGAUCUCCUACUGGACAUGCCGUGCGCUGGACUGGAGACUCAGUUCCGUCACGCGUGGAACACCGAUGACCGGUCGCUUAACAUCUUCAUCAAAGAGGACGAUAAAUUAACGUUUCAUCGCCACCCUGUCGCUCAGAGCACGGACUGCAUCCGGGGGCGGGUCGGAUACACGAGGGGACUCCAUGUAUGGAAGAUCAACUGGCCUGUCCGGCAGCGAGGCACCCACGCUGUGGUCGGAGUGGCAACCUCCGAAGCUCCUUUACAUUCUGUUGGGUACACAGCGUUAGUGGGGUCGGACUGUGAGUCCUGGGGCUGGGAUCUGGGACGUAAUAGGCUCUACCACGACAGUAAGAACAGGGCGCACAGCUCACUGCCCUCUUACCCUUGUUUCCUGGAGCCGGAGGAGUCGUUCACCCUGCCGGACUCUCUGCUAGUGAUACUGGACAUGGACGAAGGGACCUUAAGUUUUAUGGUGGAUGGACAGUAUCUAGGAGUGGCAUUUAGAGGACUGAAAGGAAAGAAGCUGUAUCCCAUCGUCAGCGCCGUGUGGGGACAUUGUGAGAUAUCCAUGAAGUACAUCAACGGCCUGGAUCCUGAGCCUCUUCCUCUGAUGGACCUGUGUCGGCGUGCGGCCAGAGUGGCGUUAGGUCGGGACCGGCUUCAAGAGAUCGAGCGCCUUCCUCUGCCCCAGUCCUUAAAAAAUUACCUCCAGUACCAGUGACUGACAUCGGUAGAGCCAGCUGGGAAUACAAGGAACAUACAAGGAAGUCCGAAGAUGGAUGAUUGAUGCAAGCAUGUCCACAGUAGGAGCGCCACGGCUCUUGCAGAUUUCUAAAAGGAUGGAUAUAAAGAUGGUGUCUGAAAUGACGGGGGUCAAACAAAGAAUAGGACAGCACCAGCUUCUUUUGGAUUUUGAGCUGCUUUUUUUCAUCCGCUCAGAACUUGAAAUAAAUUCUUAAUGAUGGCGUCCCAUCAGUGUCUCACUCAUCCAGAAUAAAAGCCCAUCCUCAGAUGGCACAGCGUGGUUAAGCAGUCGAAAAGACGGUGGUAAGACGACCACCGCCACCUAGUGACGGGAAUACGAACAGCACAGAGAAAGCACACUAAACCCAUCCACGGAGGCCUUUCUGACGUGCAGUCAGCGACCAUUAUCAUUGCUGUUGGAUCCCAUAGAGAGUGUUCAUGAUCUCCACUGGCACAGGCUGCAGAGUCCAGAUGUCCAAAAGGAUUUUAGCACUAAUGUUUUUAUCAGAUUGACAUCGGGCCACGACCAAAAGCUCACACUGCAUACAGAGCACAUCAAAGUGUGGCUAACGGGCUCUAUGCACAGUUUGAAGUCAGUAUGCCAAAAGAUACGUCCUGGCUUCAGGGAGACAUUAGUUAACAGAUAAGCCCUUUUCAGACAUGUAGCAUUUCUGGCCCUUUUAAAUGGAGACUUAUUAAGAUAUUCGUAACAACUAUACACGCACAUAAUGUUCGUCACGGUAUGAAGCAAAAGUGCUCUCUUGCACCGAUAGUAAAAAUUAACGUUGAUGGCGGGGGGAGUCACCAGUUCUCACUCAGUUUUAAGAUGUUUUAACAUAUGACAAAUUUUAAUCUACUGUUUGUUUUAUGAGAUUCAAGUAGGUAUAUGGAUGUUUAUAAUCCUGCAUGUGUGGAAAUCAAUGAAUUAGUCGACUCAUUUAACCAAACUGAUAUUCAGGCUGAGAUUUCUGCUGAUUUUUGUUUAUGGUGCAGAAUUUUCAAAAAGCUACUGUGCAUAUUUCACAUACAGAAGAAGUUAGUGUCAUAGUGAUCACCCUGAAGGAAAGCUGAGAAAUUAAGGACGAUUAUUAUUUAAUGUAUAAACAACUUUAAUAAGUUAGAUUUAGCUAAUUAACUGUACUUCACUGCCCUUUAAACUACAGAUUGUUUGACUAUAGAGCUCCCAAAACGUCUGGAGCAAUGAGGCUUUCAGGUGUAGCAGAUGUAGCUGACGAUCACCAACAAUAAACAGCAGCCUGUCAUCAGAUUUGUGGUUAGAAAGUGGAACUGCUCUGCGUGUCUGAAAGGGGCUAAUCAUGCUUGUUGUAUUGGAUUUUUUUUUUUUUUUUUUUUUUUUUUUUUUUUUUUUGAUUGUUUGUUUUGUUUUUGUUUUUUACGGCACUGCGAACCAUUCCUCACCAGACACUAGAUCAUGUAUUACGAUGUCAUCUCACAACCAAAGUAUAUCACAGGAAGCUGCAGAGUGCACGAAUGUAUCUGCGAGCUGCAGGUCGCGGGCCGGACACGCUGUUGGCACGAAGACGCCACCUGCCGCUGUUUGUAGCACCCUGCUGUAGCUCACCGCGGGCGGACGGUAUCCGUCACGCUCGCCGCACAACUGUCUUAAUGACCACGAACGACAAACUGACAGGGGCGGACCUAAGCCGACUCGAUCCGCGUCUCGAGGCUGUAGUAGCGCAGGCGAUGUGCUGCUGGCUCAUAAUAGGAUGCAGAUGACCAAUGCACAACCACACACGUGCUCACUGAAGACCAAUCACGUUUUCUUUCCAAUAAAAAGACUUAAGUCACUUUUUUUGGUUUGAUUUUUUUUUUUUUUUACUCUUGAGUUUAUAUCCUUCAUUAAUAUUAUUAUUAAUAUUAUUAUUGUUAUUGUGAGUGUGGGAUCUGACUGAUGACGGUAGGAAGACGACGUUUAUUUAUAACAGGCUAGUUCUGUUUGUUUCAUUAAACUGAUCAUUGAUGGUUACAUUCAGGUAAAUUAAAUGCAAAGAUGCUGACGAUGAAGGGAGAUAGAAAUUAAAAAUUGUUUGCUCGAUGCUGCUUUUAUUAUUAUUAAUAUUAUUAUUAUUUGUGAUGGCGGUGGUCUUACCUCCUGUUUCUGUAGGUUAGGAUGGGGGAGGAAAGGACCUGUUCACGUAUGUAGUCGAAUGUAUGGACAGACGGUGCAGUUGAGAUGUCAACAGACAUGAAAUGUGAAUAAAAGCCAAGUGAAUUUCAAAAUAAA